GAACGGAUCAGUUGCGGAUACGUUCGCGAACGUACGCGAGGAAUUUGCGUGUUAAAAGAUACGAAGGAGGAAAACUCAGUUCUUGAGCUCGCGACCGCGUUCAUAAUUAUCGUCGUUAUCGUUUGUAAUCGUUCCUCUCGAGAGGCAUUCCCUGAUACCGAGACACGUGCUAUGUUUUUCUCGUUCGAACGAUAAUUCCCCUUUCUCCUCUCUCUCUCUCUCUCUCUUAACGACCUCCGUAACCUCGUGCCGGGCGAGUGAGUCGCAUCGUCAAGGCAACACCGGUGUCAACGCGUUUCCGAGGAAUAGAAGACUUCUCUUCGACGGAGGUAACGAGAGGAUGAGUCCACUGAAUCGAGGGUCUCCCCUGGGAUCCAGACAGUUGCCGGCCGGCGCGCGUCCGCUCCCGCCGCCCAGGUUUGGCGGUAGACCCGCCAUUCCGCAGCGUAUCCCCCCGCUCCCGCCGCGGCUGCCGUCCCCGCCGCGGAUGCGUCGAAUCCCGCCGAUCAACCCCAUGUUCGGCCCGGGCGAUCCCAGGCAGAGGAUACCGCCGUUGCCAUCGCCGCAGCCGCUUCGGCCCGUCGCCGGUGGCGGCAUGUCCCGGCUGAACGGCCGGGACAUGCCGCCGUUGUUCCCCGGAGGACCCAGAGCACGUGGUCACCUGGCGCCCAUCGUGCCGCCGAUGGGACCGCGCGGACCCCUCAUGCGACCCUGGCCCCGGAGAAUGAUGCCCCCGCAGAUGAUGCCGCCCAUGAGGCCCAUGAGGUACAACGUGGGCAAUGGGAGCCUUAAAAGCAAGCCGUCACGUAACGCGAAGAAGCUCAACAAUCGCACGGAAUCAGAGUUAAUAAAAAAGCCGUGGAUGACUGACGAAAUUCGUCACGAGAUACAAAAGAAAACUAGACUGUAUCUUAGAGCAAAAAAAUAUCAAAACAAAAAUACAGUAGAAUGGCAAGAAUUUAGAGAUACACGAAACAGAGUUACCAGGAUGAUAAGAGAUGCAAAAAAUGAGUAUCUUGCAAAACAUCCUGAACAGGAUCAUCCAGCUGACGAAGAGACGCAAAAUGAGGAUGAUGAAAAUUGUAUCGGUUCCGAUGACGAAAAAUCUUACUAUUGCGAGGUAUGCGACAGAGAUUUUCCAUCCAAAGAUACUCUGUCCCAGCAUAAAAGCACACACAGAGUUUGCGGCAUUGAUGGAUGCACAUUUUCGGCACAUCCCAUGCUUGUAGAAAAACAUAUUACUAUGCAACAUCGUACUGGCUUAUACGAGAGGAUGAAAGAUUUAUCGAUACCUGAAAAUCUCGAGAAAUGGAUAAUAGAACGGAAAAAGAGGUAUCCUACUGAAGCUAAUAUAAAUUUACGCAAGGCGGAAGAGUUAGAAAAAAUAGAAAGAGGAGAGAUAAUCCAGCAGAACUCUAAUGUACAAACUAGAACGAAGAAGACUGUAAAUGUACGCCAAAAGAAACGUAGACCUCGCAAACGUUACACAUGCGAAAAUAGCAACUAUGUUCAUAAGGAUGAAUUAUACAGAGGUUUACAUCCUUUUCCUGGAACAAAUGUUUUGCAAGAAGCAGAUAAUAAGAUAUGCUUAGAUAAAAAAGUAAACUUAGAUGAACAAACAGAUUUAUGUGAAAAGAUUGCUGACAAUAUUUCGGAUGAAGAUGAUGUACCACAGAUAUCUGCGAUAGUUGAAUCCACUAAUUCAUCUGUGGUCAAUUUGAAGUCUACGUUACCAAUUUUAGUAGCAGAUUAUGAAAGUGAAAGCAAUGAUGAAGGUCCAGAAGAAGUGCCAGUGAAACGAAUGAAAAUAGAAGAGCUUCAAGAUAAUAAAAUAAUAGAAAAUACAGUUCAUGAAGAAAUUUCUGAUUUACAAAAAUGCAAAAAUGAAAAUGAUAAAUUAAAUGAUAAAUCCCAAAAAACUUUCGCUAAAGAUAAGCAGAAGCAAGAAAUGAAUCAAAGAGUAAUCGAUGUUAAAAAUAAUAAUUUUUUGCAUGCAUAUCAUUAUAAAUUAUUAGAAAAGUUACUUUCCCGUUCUAUACAACAUGAGAGAAAUUUAAUUUGCCAAUGUGUAAAAUAUAUUAUAGAAAAUAAUUUUUUCGAUUAAAACUAUUUAAAAAUA